CGUUUCAGAAAAGCGAGUAGGACUCUCCGAAUGCGACCAAAUUCCCGUGAAAGGAGGAUGCAUGAGGCUAAAAUUGAACGCAUACAUUUCCUUCCAGAUUGACUUUGUUCCCUUCUCACUCAUAUCGCUUGUUAAAGUGUGGCGUGCUGUCAUAGCAACCAUGUUACGUUCCUUUUCCGUUUGUCCUACGAAGGCCGUCUCGUUUAAACGGGAUUUUUAUUUUUUUAAAGGAGGACGCUCAGCAUACUGCAGCCUUCAAAGGACGCGUCCUACCUAACACCUAGCCUUCAAAACGAGACACAGGGCGUCUGGCUCGCUCUUAAACCCUCCUCCACUUUCAUUGCAAUGACAAACAGCUGUUAGAGACAAACAUUGCCUGGUGACGAUCCUUAUCUCCGAUCUCGCUCUCUAUUCACACGCCGGCGCUCAACAACGCCCCCACUACCACAGACCUGUUUCUCAACAAAAGGCAGAAGAAUAUGUUGCUGCUGAAUAAGAUUUCUGCAUGGAUCUCUUCUUUCACACUGCUUAUGUGGACUCAACACCCUGUCUGCACAUCUUCAGUCAUGGCCUGUGAAGUGUCUGUGGAUCCACCUACCAAUAUUGAGAUAACGGAUCCUGGUCACCUGGGUCACCUUAUUAUCCACUGGACUCAAUCAGUCAGCCUACAGAACCUUACAGACUGCACAGUACGAUACCAACUCCGAUACUAUGAUACCUAUGAGGAACGGUGGAGGAGUGUCCGAACUGUCAAGCUGAACUAUACUGCCCAGUUUGACCUUGAGAAGCCAGUCAAAGUGAAAAUACUCACUCUGUUAAAGUGCACCUGCACCAAUGGGACAGAGGUCCAAGGGGAGGAGACAGAGAGGGUGUACACACCUGAACUUCCAGGUCUGGAAGGAUCAAGAAUAAGAGAAUUUCACUGUGUUUUCUAUGGUAAUGAGUACAUGGAUUGCACCUGGGAGUCAGGACCUGCUGAGCCUCCAAAUUCACAGCUCCACCUCUAUUACUGGCACAGUGAAAUGGAUGAGACAAUGGAAUGUCCAGAAUACAUUGUGAUAUCUAAAGUUCGGAGAGGAUGCAGGUUUCCUAGAGAAUCUCUCAUAGAGUUCGCAAAGUUUAAUGUGUGUGUAAAUGGAUCCUCUCCAGCAGGAAUUCUAAGAACAGCCUUUUUCUCUUUGGAGGUCCAAAACCAUGUGAAACCAGAAGUCAUCUCCUCUCUCCAAGUUUCAGAAAUUAAAAGGCUUGUGAAGUUCGAUUGGACGCCACCCAGUGGCUUGGUGCCAGAACACUGUUUGGAUUAUGAGGUGGAAAGCAGCACUAUGAUGGCAGAUGGCACCGAUCACCAGCAGAGGAAAGUUCUUGAGAAUAUGUCUUUUGACUUCCUGAGAGAGGUAGAAAGUAAGAAAAUCUGCUUUCGGGUCAGGUCAAAGGUGAACAUUUAUUGUGCAGAUGCAGGAUUCUGGAGCGACUGGAGCCAAACAAAGUGCACAGCUUCAGAAGAGAUAUACAUACCUGCAUGGGAUCGUCUCACUCUGGUGGGCCUCCUGGUUAUCGUCAUUGUUUUAGUCCUUGUCCUCUGUCUUUCAUUAUGGAUAUUAAGGAAGAUCUUCAUGAAAAAGACUAGCAAGAAAGAUGCUCUCUACACAUUAUACAAGCAAAAAGUCAACGAGAGCAUGCCAACAAUCCUGAGUCCCAUUUUCCAGUGAUCCUCACUGUAACCAUCUACACUGUAUUAUCAUUCACCUGUGGUAGAUAGCACUGAAAGGCAAAAACUCAAAGGCAAAGGGGAGUAAGAUUUCAAAGACAUUGCAGAGUUUACAUUUUAGUACAUACUGUAUGCAGUGAUGCUGAUAGACCAAUAGUGUUGUAGAUAAACAAUGGUGGGCACUUAAAUGCACCACAGUAUUCAACUGAAUGUAUUAAUCACUAUAUGUUUACCAAACCACUUUACUACUACCUGUUGUGUUUACAUACAUACUGUAUGUGAAACUUAAAGUUACUUAUUUAUUUUUCUAAUGCCAAUGAUCUUGCCAAUUUUGCAUUUCCUUUAUUUUACUUACAACUUUUUUUACUGUUUUUCUAACUGGAUUUAUGACCUUUACAUGAUUUGAGAUUAUUUUACUGCACAGCACAAUGAAGAAAUAAAUUUAAAGAAUGUGUUCAUAGACUAUUUAGCCAGAGACAGAGUGCUUCCAAGUGACUUCUCACAUGAACGCGCCAUAGCGCUUACAUCACUGAUGCGUCAACUACUGACUGGAGUAAUGUGGAUUACAUUUAUGCUGCCUAAAUAUGCCUUUUGGACCAUGAAAUAGCCAGCAGCCUGAUGGCACCCGUUUACUUACAUUAUAAGGACCUACAGAGCUUUAACAGUUUUCUAAAAAUCCUAAUUUGUGUUCUGCUAACGAAAGGCAUACACAUCUGGGAUGGCAUCAGGAUAAGUGAAUACUGAGCGAAUUUUCAUUUUUGGGUGAACUAAUCCUUUACCUGCUGUGACAAAUUAUUUUCCAUUGCAUAAAUGAAAUUGGCAAAUCGUGAGUGGGAAGCCAAUAAUAACGGAGAACAAGAAGACUAGAUGGAGUAUUAAGAAAAUAUAUGUAUAAAUAAUCAGACCUGAAGUUUUACUUCCACAUUGGUAGCUUUGACUAUUUUGGAGCUAAAGGGUGUUUUUCAAAGCCUUUACAUGGAGCAGGAUGGCACACAGAAACCGUUAAGUCUCUUUGCUGUUCUAGGACAAAUAAUUAUUGUAUUUCCUUAAGCUUUUUAUAUUAGUAGUAGCCCACUUAUAUAUUUUGAGCAUCUGGGAUUUUAGUCUUUUAAAGAAUAUGAGAGGUUGCUGAGUAUUUGGGAGUGAAUUUGUUUGGUAUGGAUGAUGACUAUUAAUUUUUUUAUUCAUUUGAUUCAGUAUUGAGAACAUAUACAGUCCUAUUUCUUCUUAAGUUUGAUUUGGGAUUAAAACCUUGUUUUAGUAUAACAUGUCUUAUACUCUGUCACAUAUAUCACAGAGGGAGAGAGAAAUAUAUAGCCUUUAUUUGAUUCAUACAUAAUGAUUAUUACAUGCAGAUGACUGCUAUAAAUCUAUGAAACAAAGUCUCUAAAAGACAAGAUAAUAAUUAUACAAUUACAGAUAGAUAUUUUUAGUCUCUUAACCUUACAAAACAAAAAGUACAAAUGAAAAAUGUGUAGGCUAGUAUUUGUAUUUCCAAAAUGAAUUAUAUGGAUUAUGUUCAACACAUUGUCUAUAUUGUUAUAAAAUAUGACUUACUUGAGAUGACAAGAAUAAAACUAUUCUUCAUGUAUCUUGCAAUGUUCGAUUUCGAUACGUUAUAUAUAUGCUGUUUUGUGGUGAUAAAAUACAAAUAAACACCAAACUUUG